AUGGCAGCAACAGGUUCACCGUCUGAAGAGGACUUACUUUGUCCUAAGUGCAAGGAGAUUUACUGGCUUCCCGUUGUCUUAAAUUGUGACCACAAUAUCUGUAAACAUUGUUUACAGAAAUUCUGGGAAUUGAAAGGAUGCAGAGAAUGUCCUGUGUGUGGUGCCGUGGCUGGGCCUGGGAGGCCUCCUAUCAAUUUGCAACUAAAGAUAGCUGUGGACAAAUAUCGAACGCAGAUGAUGACCGGGAAUCUGGAAGCUUGUUGUAUUCACUCCGAGAAGCUUCAGUUUUUUUGUCACAAUGACGAAGAGCCCAUCUGUCUCGUCUGCCAAACAUCACUAAAGCAUAAAGUUCACAAGUUCGGCCCGUUGGAGGAGGCAGCACGACAGAAAAAGAAAGAAAUAUCAGACAUGCUGGAGCCCUUAAAGAAAAAGCUCAGAAUGUUAAACAAGACAAAGGGGCAGUGGGAGGAAACAAGGAGCUACAUACAGACCCAAACCGAUCAGUGUGAGAGAGCGAUUAAGGAGGAGUUUGAGAAGCUUCACCUGUUCCUGUUAGAGGAGGAAAACACCAGGCGGAAGGUGCUCAAACAGGAGGAGGAAGUGAAGAAGCAGGUGAUGAGCGAGAAGCUGGAAAAACUCAAGGACCAGAUCAAAACCCUCUCCGCCACCAUCAGUGAUAUCGAGACGGCCCUCAGAAGGAGGGAUGUACCUUUUUUACAGGACUACAAGCAGACAAAGAAAAGUGUCAAAUGUGUCAUUCGGGAGCCGGAGUGCAUCAGAGAUAUCCUGAUCAACUCUGCACAACAUUUGGGCUUACUGGGGUACAGGGUGUGGAGGAAGAUGGCUGACAUCAUCAAACAUGUUCCCAUCACUCUGGAUCCAAACACUGCUCAGUCCAACCUGAGGUGCUCUGAGGAGCUGACCUGUGUGCAGUACAGCAAGAAGCAGCUCUUACCUGACAACCCUGAGCGAUGCACCAACCGUGUGUGUGCGCUGGGUGCCACCGGCUUCACGUGGGGAAAACACAGCUGGACUGUAGAUGUGGGCCAAGGCAAAGACUGGUACAUCGGUGUGGCCCAGGAGUCAAUCAACAGGAAGAGCGCUGUCUUCCUCAACCCCACUGAGGGAUUCUGGGUGAUCGGCCUGCUAAACGGAGACUCAUACUGGGCCGAGACCUCGCCUCGCACCAAGCUUGUGUUGAAGCAGAAGCCUGAGAGGAUUACUAUCAAAGUGGACUAUGACAGAGGAAAAGUAGUCUUCAUUAAUGCGACUGAUUUGACAACAAUCCACACGUUCAAUGACAGAUUUACAGAGAAGAUUUUCCCCUAUUUCUCCCCUGGACUGUAUGAUGAGGACAAAAUCUCCAGCCCAUUGACAAUCUGUCCUCUGUCAAUACGUGUGGUGUUAGAAUAA